AAAGACCUACUUCUUUCUGGUGUUGCUGGUGAAAUCGCUGCAGAUCAGGUACACUUUUGCUUGUUGCGGCGUAGCAGGCAGCUAGCUCAUUUGUGGAAAAAAAGACGGGAAGUUCUGUAGUUCCUAAUCACCCCAGUUUGUCUAGACUGGACUUCACACCAAGGCACAGGGUGUCUGUGUGUUAUCUUUUAGCGAAACUGUGGGGUCUGACCGUACCUCGGCAGCCUUUGCGCAUAAUUAUUACGGUAUUCGUUACGAUAAUCACAUUGACUGACAUCGCGAUCCCAUUCAAGACCCCAAUGACACGCUGCGCUGCGCUACGGCCUUGUGCUUUGCAGAGCUUGAACAAGCUACGUCAGGAUCAGAACAACAACUGUGCUCUUAGGACUUCUACUUGCGAGCUGCUCAGUCAUGGCGAGUGUACAGUUCGUCUGCAGUGAAUUGCCUUGCAUUCAGCCUCUAGCUUUCGUUAUCUGAGCGCGUACUUAGCGUCUUGGGAAUUCCUAGACAUGGAUCCGAGCGCAAGUCGUUGGUCAUCAAGCCAAUCAUCGACUAGCCGGCUAUCCCCGCACCAAGCUCCAGAAGGUACUCAGUCAGUUGGUCACCGCAGCGGCGAGAUCAUGCCCAUGGCUCAACAGCGAGCUCCAGGCAUGAACAUUCCCAGUCACUCACCAUGGGUGUUUUCAAGUGGACAGGAAGAUUUCUCCCGAGGUCUGCGAGAGCCUUCAGCAUCUCGAGGAUCACAGGCCCCGCAAACGCAUCCCCAAGCAAGACGGAGAAUGCGGCGGUCGCCGCCGCACAGCAACACAUUAGGUUCUCUAGCCGAGCUGACCAGUGCGGAAAGCAACCCGAGCGAUGUUUCGUCACUUAGCCAGCCACCCGCUCACGCCCGACAGCUCCACCGCCACACACGGUCUUCUCCUGUGCCCUACGGGCGAGCGGGGAGUCAACCGGAGUUCAUGGGUGCCGAAUCGUCCGAGGAAAGCUACUCCACGUACACAUCGGCGUCUUCAAACUUGUCCGUAUCACCUAUGCACGCUCGUCAAGAAGCCAGUGCACGCUCCACUGUUCCCCUAGAGCGUGUGCAACAGUAUCGACCACACGCUAGCGAGGUCGGUGGUUACGACGCCGUCUUCAUCGACCCAGUGCCUGAAUCUUUGCAAUGCCCGAUUUGUAGGAAGGCAUUGAGGGCACCAGUUCAGACCACCUGCGGACACCGAUUCUGCAAGACUUGCAUCGACCCGAUCAUGUUGCAUCUUUGCUUUCCAUGUUUAUUGAGUGGGUUUGUUUGGUAUGUUAUGUUGCAUUGUUUUUCCAUUGCCAGCAGUGGGAAAAAUCAGUGCCCUGUGGACCGUGAAACAGUGCAAGAGACAUUUGCUGACAUCUGUUGCAAGCGUGAGGUUCUGUCGCUGGGAGUGUACUGCGAUAGCUGCUCACAUGGGUGUGAGUGGCGCGGUCCACUCCGGGAUUUGAAGGACCAUAUUGGUAUUUGCAAGUACAAGAUGGUGCACUGUCCAAAUCGCGGUUGCCAGGCUUCGCCUAUGACACUGCACGACCUACAGCGUCACACGAACGAGAAAUGCCUCUACUGUCCAGUCCCGUGUCACCUGUGUCGCACCAGUGUGCCCCAGGCCUUCCUGCAUCCCCAUCUUGUUAAGGACUGUCUGGAGUACGAGGUCCAGUGUCCCAACCGUUGUGGAGUGGAUGUCAAACGCAAAAAUCUCGAUUGGCACACAGCACAAGACUGCACCCAAGAUGACGCGCGCCAGUCUAAGAAAGGAGCAAGCGGUCAACGCCCAGUGCAAGCUAAAACGUCCUCUGCCGACCAAGGAAUCCAUGGUAUCUCAGCCAGGUCCAGCGUCAGCAGGAGUGGUCCGAAAUUUGUCUGCUCUGGGUCCACUGCCUUCAUAUCGCGCGGUGAUGGAGAAGCCUCGCCCUCACAAGGGUCAACGUCUGACCACCAACAGGAGCAGGAAGAAGAAGAAGAAGAAGAGGAAGAAGAAGAAGGCGCUGCUUCCGCCAAUGUUGUUCAUCUGGAGCACACCGAUGAAAGCCCCGUGGGCACAUCUGGCGGUUACGAUGUGCAGUUCACCGAACCUAUAGACGAGCAACUCAAAUGCCGACACUGUGGUCUGGCAGCACGCGAUCCCGUUCAAGUCCCAUGCGGCCAUAGUUUCUGUAGAGGUUGCGUGGUAGACCUUACAAAGAAGAGUGGCGGGAGCCCUGUGACAUGCCCGGAUGAUGACAGUCCAAUUGACGUGAAGAGUGAUACUGAUGAGGUGCGUGCAGAGAGAAUUCUUGCGCUCCAAGUCAAGUGCAGUGACAAGCAGGACGGUUGCGAGUGGCGCGGACCUCUCCGGCAACUGGAGGACCAUCAAAGCAGCUCGAACCACCAUGCCGAAAUCGCUGUCUCCUCUCCCGGCCAUAGCCCAGACGUAGCUGUGAGUACGCAAGACGAGCACGAGCAACGACAUGACGAGCAGCACUCCGGCACCAACAGCAGAGAGCAAUACGCUGAGGGGCAGCACUCCGGCGCCAACAGCAGGGAGCAAUAUGCUGAUGGGCGGCAGCACACAAAUAACGUGGUGUGUGGCACCGCUCAAGAGCCCCCCGACUUCAUGGCCAUGGCAAGACAGACCGGAGUCAACGAUACCCGCCAUCAUUUGACACAUCAACUGAAGCACCUACUUGACAGAGGAGAGGCGGAUACGGUGAAACUGGAUCAGUUGAAGGCGGCCGUGACACAGCUACAGGAGUCUCAACGGACGCAGUCACUCCCCGAGAUCGAUGCUAUCUACGAUCAUUUGGCCCACCAGUUGAAGCGCCAGGGUGACAGUGAACAGGCGAAUGCAAUGCAAUUUGAGAAGCUCGAGGUGGCCAUGGCGAAGCUACAGCAGAAUCAGCAGACACAGUCACUUCCUGUAUCAGUUGAUCCAGCUAUGCUGCUUUCCAACAGUUAUUUUCACGCCGAGCUUAGCCGUAUGAUUUCUGAGCGUCUCAAUGCACAGCAAGAAAUGGCCGCUGUCCAUAGAAUAGCACAAGUGGCACGGGAGUCCCAAGUUGCUCGUGAGCCGCUUGUCGCUUCUGAGCGUCAUGCCGGGCCUACCUUUGAGUGCAGCCAGGAACAGGGCAACGCCGUGCAGGAAACCAGCCCAGUGCAACCUCGUGUAGAGCAUGGCACGCAUCCGCCGCAAGAGCGACAGCGGGUCACUGCUGGACAGAUGCGUGCGAGUGCGAACACUCCCACACCGCUGGGUAUGCCUGUAGCAUGCACUGACACUGCACUUGCUGACACUGACCUGCGCAUGCUCGCCGUGGAAACCAAAAGCUACAAUGGUCUAAUCAUCUUCAAGAUCAACGAUUUCACACAACGCCUUAAGGUGGCACGUACCGGUCGGAACAUGAGUCUCUACAGUCAACCCUUCUAUACCAAUCGUCGUGGUUACAAGAUGUGUCUCCGUGUCUACCCAAACGGCGAUGGACUGGGCAAAGGCUCUCACAUCUCCGUCUUCUUCACCAUCAUGAAGGGAGAAUUUGAUGCGUUGCUUGAUUGGCCAUUUCGUUCCAAGGUGACGUUGGCCAUCCUUGAUCAAGGGCCGGCGAACCAUCACCGCAUUGAGCCGUUUAUCCCGGAUCCACGCAGCACUUCCUUCCACAGACCCGUCAACGACAUGAAUAUUGCCAGCGGUUGCCCACUGUUGAUCAGCCACUGCGAGCUCUACAGGCAAGCCGAGAACUUCUUGGCGGGUGAUUGCUUGCUGGUGAUGGCCGAUUGGCUCAAUCGCCAGUGCAAGUAAGUCGCGUGUGAGGACCUCCAGCGCAUCCCUUCGAGCUACUUCCAGGGCUAGCGCAGCUCUGAACCUGUGAGCCAUUGACAUAUCAGCUGUAGCUUCAAGGAGGCUUGUCCUGGGCAACGCAUCAGUCUCUGCAGCCCAAUAUCCCGCAUCCGUCGUAAUGGGCAAUGCGUCAGUCUCUGCAGCCCAGUAUCCCGCAUCCGUCGUAAUGGAAAACGCGUCAGUCUCUGCAGCCCAAUAUCCCGCAUCCGUAAUGAUGGGCAACGCGUCAGUCUCUACAGCCCAAUAUCCCGCAUCCGUCGCAAUGGACACAAGGCCUGUUGCAGCAGCGUUUGUCUUAACGCUAACAGCCCCGGCCAAGGCACCCAUAUCUCCAUGCUCUUCACUAUCAUGAAGGGCGAGGUCGGUGCCUUGUUCAAUUGGCCCUUCGGUGCGAUCACAUUUGCCAGCCUCGACUAGGGCCGGCACACAACUAUCCGGUCGAGUCUUUCAUCCUAGACUCCCACAGCGGCUCUCAUCACCAGCUGCUGCCCAAAGAGUAUCAGCCACUGCAAGCUACAAUGCCAGCCAUGAGCGCCCUGGUUGGCGAUCGCUUGCGGAUGAAGCCAAUGGUGGAUCAUUUUGCGUCACAAGUGACCACUGUGAUUUCACUAUUUCCCUCAUGCUCUCUGUCUCAAGGAUGUAUUGCAGUACCUCCUAUGAUGCAGGCGUAUUGAGAGUAUUCCUGGUGUGCCUUUUGGCAGUGAGUAGCACUCCAGCAACUGUCAGCCAAGCAAAGCCUUUGUACACCGUGCCACUCAUGCACACAAACUGCCAACACUGCUGUCGUCCGGAUCAAAUCCAGUCACCUGAAAACGUGAGGAAUCGGCUACUGGAGAAUGGAAGUGAUUGCGGAAGACGCCACGAAACACCGUUCACAACUAACAGCAACUAACGCACUAUCAUCUGUAUCACAUCCAGUCACCUGAAAACGUGAGGAAUCGGCUACUGGAGAAUGGAAGUGAUUGCGGAAGACGCCACGAAACACCGUUCACAACUAACAACAACUAACGCACUAUCAUCUGUAUCACAUCCAGUCACCUGAAAACGUGAGGAAUCGGCUACUGGAGAAUGGAAGUGAUUGCGGAAGACGCUACGAAACACCGUUCACAACUAACAACAACUAGCAUGCUGUCAUCUGUAUCAAAUCCAGUCACCUGAAAACGUGAGGAAUCGGCUACUGGAGAAUGGAAGCGAUUGCAGAAGACGUGCAUGAAGCCCCAUGCCACUACACAACGACAUGGCCAUCAUGUACUUCAUGUUCCACUGCAAAAAUGGCCACUGACUCAUUCAUGUACCGGCAAUAUGUAAUUUAUUCUAAUUCUACUUACUGCGCUCAUGAAUUCGCCUUCCCUAAUGCCAUGUACAAUUAGGCAUGGCAGUGGCCUGGCACUAGCGCAACGUUCUAUGCUGGUUGUGUUUCUCGACACAAUUUUGCAGCCGUUGCAACCAGUAGCGUGGAUGUGCAAACUGUAUCUUGAAUGUCACGUAGCCUGGCAAUGCAGCUUUGCUUUUAUCAAACUCUAGCUAUGUUGACAUAUCUUAGCAAUUUGUGAAUGCAAGAAUCAUGACUGCUUUCUGGGCUUGUUCCGAUGCGUUCUAAUGCAUUGAAAACCUCUUUCCGCAGCUAAAAUUAAUAUCAUAAGCUUUUUUUAAGCACUCUUCACGACACUGUCUCGCAUGCAUUCGUAUCUCCAUACAUUACAUACCGCUAUGAGAUUAGUGGUUUAGUGUUUUGCAUUUUAUUAAUUUUUCGAUCGCCUUGAUCCUAGAGGGUGGUGGCGUUCCCACGGCGGAUGCGGAAAACUCGGCUUCCAGCCGAGUCUCACGCGAACCGUGAAUUUUUUUUAAAAUUUUUCGAUUGCAUGCAGUAAAACUAGGUAGGGAUGGCGUAUGCAGUCAAUGUAUUGUGUGCCUGCAUCUCAUCUUUCCUUCCCAUUCUAGACAUUGUGUGACUGUGCUGCCUGCCACCUAUAUUUCCCAUUUGCUCUGUAGUGCUCCUGCUCUCUUUUUUUUUCUUUCUUAUCUUUCUGUAUGGAGUGCAUGAGCAGUGCUGAAACCGAGACCCUUGGUCGGUUUAGCUGCUCUUGCCCCGCCUCCACUGCUUCAGCUGCCAUCGCUAUGUGCAUCUCUCUGCGUUUUUGCCGGCGUUUUCACCAUGAUGAUUUGUGGUUGUCUUGUAAAAACAAAAUUUUGGCAUUGGCAUCCUACCAGUGUUGAAAAGCGUUCAACCACUAGAACCGUCACAUCUGCAGACACACUAUAGCACUGCUCGCUUGCCGAAGAAUAGGGGAUCAGAAUCGUAGCCGACUUCGUUCUCAUUAA